AUGCAUUCAAGCAGCCUGUUUACAAAUCCAUAUGCAAUUGAAGUCAUAAGGACUAAAAAAGAAGAACUUGUACAAGGCAUAAAUGACCCAGACCAGCUCCUGCACUGGCUGAUUGAAAAUGGUAUUUUCACCCCAGAAAAAAAGCUAGUCCUGAGUUUCUACAGGACACGAACAGCAAAGAACUCUCGAGUUUUAGACAUGCUCAUUUCUCAAGGUGAACGAGCCUGCAGGCUCUUUUUUUAUCCAUGUUUAAAGCAAGUGGAGCCAAAACUUUACAGCGAGAUAAGAAAAUACGUCAGUGAAGUAAAUGAAAGCAUUGGAGAUGCCAGAAGACGGUUGGUUGGGUAUUUACUUGAAAAAGAUAAAGUUUGGUUUGCAAAUAGCAGCAAACAGCACCAGGGCAAAAAAGACAGAUCUGGGGGACAAAAGUACAGAGGGGCUAUUAAGAAGAAAGGAAAAGUAACUCCACUUUCAAGGGCAACAAAGCCUAGAAAAGAUCCUGCUGCUGUCCACAUUUUUGCUGCAGUUGCUAAAGGCUUCCUUCCAGAGUUAGAGAAAACACUGAAGGAGAGUGAUCUCAAUGUGCUCAACCAUUCCAAUGAAACACUUCUGCAUGUUGCAGCUGCUCAUGGCCAUCUAUCCAUCAUGGAGUAUUUGCUCAGCAGAGGUGCAAGGACAGGAGUGAAGGAUGGGAAAGGGAGAACAGCCCUGCACAGGGCUGCUGAGAAAGGCCAUGGAGGUGCAGUCCAGGUGCUUCUCCGGGGUGGUGCUUCUAUGCACGCUGUGGAUAUGGAAGGCAAGACACCACUUCACUGGGCUGCAGAGAAUAACCACAGCCACAUAUUGAAGAUGCUCCUGAAAGAAGAGGCAAGGAGCUGCAGGAAUCAGCACAACUUUUUACACAUGGCAGCUCUUAGAGAUGAGACCACCCUGGCCAAAAUGCUUUUAGAGGCUGGUGCCUCCACUGAAGGAAAGGAUGAGAGAGGACAGAGUGCUCUCAAUUAUGCUGUUUCUCAGGGAUCUGAAAACACUGCAAAAGUGCUUCUAGAAGCCGGAGCCACUGUUGAUUCCAGCACAGUUGAAAGAGCCUUUAACAGCAACCACCCAUCCAUCUUCGAAAUACUACUGGAAUAUUCUAAAGAUCUGCCUGCUGACAUCAUGGAGUCAGCUCUUUUUAGAGCUGUACAGAAGAAUCUGCACAGUGUUGUAGCAGCUUUGAUUGACAGAGGCACAGAUAUCAAUGCCCACAACAAAAUGCAUUUCACUCCUUUGCUGCUGGCCUGUGAAAUGGGCAAAGCGGAGUCAGCAGAAGUUCUGAUAGAAAAAGGAGCAAACUUGGGAAUAAGGACUCCUGCUGCAGACACAGCUUUGCACCUGGCAGUGCAGGCUGGGGCUGCUUCCAUCGCAGGUCUGCUCCUGAGCAAGGGGAUGGACACAAACCUCAGGAACCGAGCCGAGGAAACACCGCUCCACGCUGCUGCGCUCCAGAAUAACAGAGCACUUGUUGGUCUUUUAGUCAAUGCUGGGGCCAGGAUUAACGCUGUCACUAAAGACUUUGCUACUCCCCUGCACAUGGCAAGUCAGAGAGGUCACGCUGAUGUUGCCCGACAGCUGCUGCACCACAAAGCUCAUGUUAAUGCUCAGGACAAGCAGGCAAAGUCCCCUUUACACCUGGCUGCUGAGCAGGGACACAAAACACUGGCAGAGAUGCUCCUGAAGGCCCGAGCUGAUCCCAACACACAGGACAAGGAGAAGAAGACUCCCCUGCACGCUGCAGCUCUGAGAGGACACCUCAGCAUUGUGGAAGUGCUGUUGGCUAACAAAGGGAGAGCUGGAGCUAAGGACAUGGAUGGAUGCACCCCACUGCACUAUGCCACCAUGAAAGGAAACACAGACAUCGUAAAAGCUCUCCUGGCCUCCAGGAAAAAUAAAAAUAUUGAUGACAGAAACGUUUGGAGGAAGACAGCCCUGCAUAUUGCAGCAGAGUAUGGACAUGGAGAGCUGAUAAAUCUUCUCCUGAGCCAUGGGGCUGCCAUCAAUGCCUCGGACAGCAGCAAGGACACUGCCCUGCACUGUGCCUGCAGGGCUGGGCACCUCAGCGCUGUCAGUGCCCUCCUCAACUGGGCACGAGCAGAAAAAGCAAAUUUACUUGCUGUGAACAGCCUCAGAAAGACUCCACUGCAAGUAGCAGGAUUUAGUAAGACAGAAAACCAGGCUCAAAUUUUAGCACUGUUGAAAAAGAAAAUGUUAAUAAAAUAA